AACCUCUGAACCCCCGAACCUCGGAACCCCCUGAACCCCCCGACCCCUCGAACCCCCCGAACCCCGGUCCCCCGACCCCUCGAACCCCCGGCCCCUCCGACCCCCCCGAACCCCCCGACCUCCCUACCCCCCCAAACCCCCCGCCCCCCGGGCCGGGACGAUGCUGUUCUCCCUGCGGGAGCUGGUGCAGUGGUUGGGCUUCGCCACCUUCGAGAUCUUCCUGCACGGCCUGGCCCUGCUGGUCUUCUCGGCGCUGCUGGUGCUGAAGGUGGACGGGCAGGCCCCCGCGCUCUCCUGGUGGCUGGUCUUCGUCCCCUUCUUCGCCGCCGACGGGCUCAGCACCUACUUCACCACCAUCGUCUCGGUGAGGCUCUUCCAGGACGGGGAGAAGCGCCUGGCCGUGCUGCGGCUCUUCUGGAUCCUCACCAUCCUCAGCCUCAAGUUCGUCUUCGAGAUGCUGCUGUGCCAGAAGCUGGUGGAGCACACCCGGGAGCUGUGGUACGGGCUCAUCAUGUCCCCUGUCUUCAUCCUCCUGCAGCUGCUGAUGAUCCGAGCCUGCCGGGUGAACUGAGGGCGAGGGGCAGGCUCUGGGGCUCUGGCUCCUCACCCCGGGCAGGGACGUGCCCGACUCGCCGGGAGCCCGGGCUCCUGGCAGCAGCUUCUCCCUGGCAGCAGCUUCUCCCUGGCAGCAGGGCCCACAAGGCUUGCUUUGUGACUGAGCUGUGUGUGGCUGGGCCUCGUGUUUCUGCAGAAGAUCCCUGCGUGCUGCAUCCUUAUGUCAGGUCUCAGCUCUCAGUGUUAGGCCUGAGGCAUCCUGCCCCCAGCACUGGUUGAUAUGCAGGUUAUUUUGUUUGAAAAUAAAAAUGCGUGGAAGGA